GCGCGGCCGCGGACGAAGAUGGCGACUGCCAUGUACUUGGAGCACUACCUGGACAGUAUCGAGAACCUUCCUUGUGAACUUCAGAGGAACUUCCAGCUGAUGCGUGAGCUGGACCAGAGGACAGAAGAUAAGAAAGCGGAGAUUGAUAUCCUGGCCGCGGAGUACAUCUCCACAGUGAAGACUCUGUCCCCAGAGCAGCGGGUAGAGCAUCUGCAGAAGAUCCAGAGCGCCUACAGCAAGUGCAAGGAGUAUAGCGAUGACAAGGUGCAGCUGGCCAUGCAAACCUACGAGAUGGUGGAUAAACACAUUCGGAGGCUCGAUGCAGACCUGGCGCGCUUUGAAGCAGACCUGAAAGACAAGCUGGAGGGUAGCGACUUUGAGAGCUCUGGAGGACGAGGGUUAAAAAAAGGUCGAAGCCAGAAAGAAAAGAGAAGUUCCCGGGGGCGAGGCAGAAGGACCUCAGAAGAAGACACUCCAAAGAAAAAGAAGCAUAAAGGAGGGUCGGAGUUCACUGACACCAUCCUGUCUGUGCAUCCCUCUGAUGUGCUGGACAUGCCCGUGGACCCCAACGAGCCCACCUACUGCCUCUGCCACCAGGUGUCCUACGGGGAAAUGAUUGGCUGUGACAAUCCAGAUUGCCCGAUCGAGUGGUUUCACUUUGCCUGUGUAGACCUGACUACGAAGCCCAAAGGAAAAUGGUUCUGUCCUCGGUGCGUCCAGGAGAGGAGGAAGAAGAAGUAAGGAAGAGGCUGACACCAGGCCAGAAGAGCAAGUUGAUACACUCCUUUAUUCACGUUGCAAUAUUUUACCUUCAUCUUAAAGCUACCUUGUUUUGAAUGAUAUUUAAUAACUCAGUGGCCAGUUGUAAUUCUGGAUAUUUCCUAAAACCAACAAGAACCCACCUGAUACCCUGUUUGCACAGAGGAGGGAUCUUGCCACAGUGACUUUGUUCUCAUGACUUUUUGUACAGACCCAGCACUGAGCACAGCAGUCCCACGAGCCCGAGUGACUACGUGGGUGUGUGCAUGCGGUGUGCUGGGUAUGGUGGGACGUGCCAGCUCGGAGCAGAUACUGCCAUCAAUUUGCAGCUAGAGGUGUGAGCCUUGUGUGGUCUGCAGUUUCCUGGGCUUCCCCUGAGAGCCCACACCACUCUAUGCACAUUGGCCACGCUGAGUGCACGGGUGUGUAGUCUGGUGGGCGUUGCCGGAAGGCGCCCUCCCUACUCAGGUGCGCUCGGAGCUGGCAGCUGCACCGGAAGGGCUGCGCCUCCCAGAAGGAACUCUGCUUGGCUGUGCACUGCCUUUUAGUCUGGACUGCCAUUUCUUCCCUGAGGUUUCACUGUCUGGAGUAAACCGCUCUGGAUGGGCAGAUGGGCCGUAGGUGACCAUGACCAGCACCAAUGAGAAACAGCGUAACAGACUGGCAGAUGUUCCAUUUCUCUGGGAAUUCCGGAUGUUUUUACUGUGAAGAUGAAAUUAUUGUAAUUGCAUGAAGUCUGUUUGUGAAGUGAAUCCAGUCUACCAAGAGCCGAUUUUGAACCUGCUUCUGUUACACACUGGGUCAGCACUUUGUCUCCCAGAGGACUACAAUUAUGUGAUGUGAUUUGUGAAUUUCUUGUGCCACAAUAGCAGUUCUGGAAUGAAGCUAGGAAACUAGAGUGUACUUUCUGUUUAAUCAGCAUUCACCAAACUGGUUUUAAACCAUCUCUUUGGUACUAGUUGGGGACAUCGCAUACAUUUGGUAUGUUGAGAUCCACUUGUGAUGGUACCUAGAGUGGGGCCUCCGGGAGCGUCCAUGGACUCUCCAAGACCCACCCUGCGUGAUUCAGACAAGUCAGGGUUUCUUUUGCCAGAAAAAAAGAUCCAAGAGAUAGAAUCAAGGUGUGAAAUGCCCAGCUUCAGAAGAAUCUCGUUCUCUUUGUGAGGAGUGUCCUCUGGAGUGGUCCACCUGCUUCCUUCCAAUGGCCUCCUGUACCACAUCCUCUCCUAGCCUUGUGUUUCACCACAGAGAGGACAUAGGGCAGAGGAACUGGUGAAGCUGCAUCCUAGACCAGCCCCUUCCUGCAAAUGAGUUACUAUUUGGCAAUUGGGAGCAGAUAUCAGAGGGCAGCUGGGGUCCAGCUGGAAUCUGUGGCCCUUAGUGGGUCUUACCCUGCACGGAACGUGUCCGGACUGCUGUCCUUUCUAGAGCCACCCGAGGGAGCAGGACUUGCUUCCAAAUGACUGCUGGCGGGGGUUACUUAAGCUUGUGUGCUGGUGGUUAGAGUAGGGGUCACCAGCUGCCACAGCCUGUCCCUGGUGGGUUCCAGGCCUGAUGCACUGUCUCAGAACCGAUGUCUUCUUGCUGCUCAGGAAGAAGUUGGGGGCGCACCUGUAACUCAGCUGCACUGGAACACGAGGCCCGCUUGUAUUUAGCAACUUAGUUUUUACAUUACAGGUGUCUAAAGAUUGUGAGGAAUCAGUUGUGGAAAUUUUUUUUCUUCAUUCUUUUACCAGUUUUUGUGGAGAGGAUAGGUAAGUACAUUAAGUUUGUGAUGAUUCUUUGGAAGCGAAUUUAAUAUUUGCACUUCAUCUUUGAACACACUCACUUGCCACUGGAACACAGUGUGUUUGUGGAUGCAGGUUAAUGGCUGGCUAGUUUCAAUUGUCACCUGGUUUCCUGAGGCCAUGCUCAUUUCCUGAGAAUGAGACCAACUUCUGUCUUAAGCUUUUGUUUAAAGUUCAGUGUUGUCAUUCUGCUUGUCACUGUGCAGCACCCCAUGUGUCGACUUUUUGUAAGUUUCUGUGCUUAUCUGUUUCUAGUGUUUACUUUUGCCAGUUACAAUAAUAUUACCAAAAUAAUAUGCAGACAGCUUUGAAAAAAAUGGAAAUCAUGAGCAUGAUAGGAAGGUCCUCUGGGAUGUUUGGAGAAUGCCUGAACGCCAUUCCUGACCAUUAAUACCGUCGGAGUCAGAAAGACGAAAGGGUGUCUCUCUGGUUGAGAGAGAAGGUCAGGCCACCUGGCUGGCUCUGGCCCUGGACGGCUGGAGCACCACAGUGAUUUGCUCCCCACAGCUUAGCUGCCCUUGUCCUGGGGGUGAUUCAGGCUGGAACCCUGACUGUGCCUGCCAGGUCCCAUCUCUGAUCCUGAGGACAGCUGUGGAGCCAACCCCAUCCCUCAGGUUGCAGGAUCUGGGCUGGGCCCAGCAGGUGAGGGUGCGGCCUCCAGGGCUGGGGUUUACUGGUAAGGGAAGAAGUAUCUUGUUCAGAGGAGAAGCAAAACCAUUGUUCUUAUUCUCAGUGCUAUGUUUUCAGCUAGCAUUUGAGAAACCUCCUUGUUUUCCAACAGGACACAUCUACACUAACAGUUUUUUAAGCUGAGCUCUGCAUCUCUGGCUGUGCUAGUGGAGCUGUUGGCUGGGCUGAGGCCUGAGUGACUGUCCCCACUGUGCAGGCUGGGCCCCAGGCAGGUGGACGUGAGACUGGGACUAGCCAGGGCCCUGGAAGCCGGGUGUACAGCCGUGUGUGGUGAGAUGCAUGGGGAUGCCGGCCAGCCUUGUGUCAAUGCUGUUCCAGGGAGCUGCACUGCACUUGCCUCCUGCCCUGUCCCUGGCAGCCCUUGGUAGGGGCUGCUUCAAGCAAUAACUGUCCACAUGCCACAGCCAAGGCCUGCCCCGUCACAGGAUUCGGACACUUCUCAUGGGCAUUCUUGAGUUAAGGUUUUCCUCCAUUUUUAAUGAACACUGAUUAGUUGACAUUACCUGUGCUGAGAGGCAUUUAAAGUGGGAAGUCUAAGAAAUGUUCUCAUUCAGGAGACAGUCCUAUGAAGUUUCUUCCUUCGUAUGUAUUUUGUGGUGUUCACUUUUACCACAUCUCAUCCAAAAAGAUGAUGCAGCUUUAACAUGAAUGUUACAUUUUAUUUUCAAGGAAUUAUUACCUAUGUUCCCUUUGUAAAGGAAAGAUAAUAUUGUAAAUCUUUUUAUUAAAUAAUGUAAAGAUGUAUAUCUGUAUUUUUUGAUCAUGUUAUAGAUUAUGGAUAUAUUGUUUAAUAAAUAAAGUAUUUUUUUGAACAAA